GGGGGCGGGCUGGCGUCGAUUAGUCGUUUUAGCCAUUGAGGAGCGUGAGUAAAGAGAAGCCUUUUGGAGAGGGGAGGGUUUUUAAUUUUUGUCGACGGGUCCAAUCACUUGCAUUGCAGAGCGCGUGGAAGGCAGGUGUGCUGUUCAGGGUAGUUCUCCUGUCAAUCCCCUUCUGGCACCAUUGCGAUGAAGCCGCUUUGGGGACUCGGCCUCUUCUGUGUCCUCCUCUUGGCCGCUUCAGCCCAUGCUGAUGAGGUUGAUGUGGAUGGCACUGUGGAAGAUGACCUUGGUAAAAGCAGGGAAGGAUCGCGAACAGAUGAUGAAGUUGUUCAGAGGGAAGAAGAGUCUAUUCAGUUGGAUGGCUUAAAUGCAUCCCAGAUAAAACAAAUUAGAGAGAAGUCAGAAAAGUUUGCAUUCCAGGCUGAAGUAAACAGAAUGAUGAAGCUUAUUAUCAACUCUCUUUACAAAAAUAAAGAGAUUUUCUUGAGGGAAUUAAUUUCAAAUGCAUCUGAUGCUCUAGAUAAAAUACGGCUGAUAUCACUAACUGAUGAAAAUGCUCUUUCUGAUAAUGAAGAACUAACAGUAAAAAUCAAGUGUGAUAAAGAGAAGAAUAUGCUUCAUGUUACAGACACUGGCAUUGGCAUGACUAAAGAAGAGCUAAUAAAGAACUUGGGUACUAUUGCCAAGUCUGGCACAAGUGAAUUUCUAAGUAAGAUCACUGAGAUGCAGGAAGAGAACCAGUCAACUUCUGAGUUGAUUGGUCAAUUUGGUGUUGGGUUCUACUCAGCCUUCCUUGUGGCAGACAGGGUUAUUGUCACAUCAAAGCAUAACAAUGACACUCAACACAUCUGGGAAUCUGACUCAAAUGAGUUCUCUGUAAUUGAUGAUCCUCGAGGAAACACCUUGGGACGAGGCACUACUAUAACUCUUGUUCUGAAAGAAGAAGCUUCAGACUAUCUUGAGCUGGAUACCGUUAAAAACUUGGUCAGGAAAUACUCACAGUUCAUAAAUUUCCCUAUAUACGUGUGGAGUAGCAAGACUGAAACUGUAGAAGAACCUCUUGAGGAAGAAGAUAUGAAAGACAAAGAUGAGCCCGAUGAUGAAGCUGCAGUGGAGGAGGAGGAAGAGGACAAAAAACCAAAAACUAAAAAGGUUGAAAAAACUGUCUGGGACUGGGAGCUUAUGAAUGAUAUCAAGCCAAUUUGGCAGAGACCAUCUAAAGAAGUGGAAGAAGAUGAAUACAAAGCUUUCUACAAAUCAUUUUCUAAGGAGCCUGAUGAUCCUAUGACUUACAUCCACUUCACUGCUGAGGGAGAGGUGACAUUCAAGUCCAUCUUGUUUGUUCCCACCACUGCUCCACGUGGCUUAUUUGAUGAAUAUGGAUCCAAAAAGAGUGACUUUAUAAAGCUGUAUGUCCGGAGAGUAUUCAUCACAGAUGACUUCCAUGACAUGAUGCCCAAGUAUCUUAACUUUGUUAAGGGUGUUGUAGAUUCAGAUGAUCUUCCUCUAAAUGUAUCUCGUGAGACUCUCCAGCAGCACAAACUUCUAAAGGUUAUCAGGAAGAAACUUGUCCGCAAAACACUUGAUAUGGUUAAAAAGAUUGCCGAAGAAAAAUACAAUGAAACAUUCUGGAAAGAAUUUGGCACAAAUAUGAAACUUGGAGUUAUUGAGGAUCAUUCAAAUCGUACUCGACUAGCAAAAUUGCUUCGUUUCCAAUCUUCUCACCAUGAGAGCAACCUUACUAGUCUAGACCAAUAUGUAGAAAGAAUGAAGGAGAAACAAGAUAAAAUCUAUUUUAUGGCUGGAUCAAGCAGAAAAGAGGCUGAAUCUUCACCAUUUGUAGAACGGCUUUUGAAGAAGGGUUAUGAAGUAAUAUAUCUAACUGAGCCUGUAGAUGAAUAUUGUAUUCAGGCUCUUCCAGAGUUUGAUAACAAAAGGUUCCAGAAUAUAGCAAAGGAAGGAGUAAAGUUUGAUGAAAGUGAAAAGUCAAAAGAAGCCCGUGAAGCUUUAGAAAAAGAAUAUGAACCCCUUCUAACUUGGAUGAAAGAGAAAGCUCUGAAGGAUAAGAUUGAAAAAGCAGUGUUGUCCCAGCGACUAACUGAGUCCCCAUGUGCUCUUGUGGCUAGUCAGUAUGGAUGGUCUGGCAACAUGGAAAGAAUUAUGAAGGCUCAGGCUUACCAGACUGGCAAAGACAUCUCAACAAAUUAUUAUGCCAGCCAAAAGAAGACAUUUGAAAUCAACCCUAGACAUCCUCUCAUAAAAGACAUGCUUAGACGCGUUCAGGAAAAUGAAGAGGAUCAAACAGUUGCUGACCUUGCUGUGGUUUUAUUUGAGACCGCUACUGUAAGAUCAGGGUAUCUGCUACCAGAUACAAAGGAAUAUGGAGAAAGAAUAGAAAGAAUGCUUCGUCUGAGCCUGAACAUUGACCCAGAAGAAAAGGUGGAAGAAGAGCCUGAAGAACCAGAAGAGGCUGCUGAAGAAGUUGAACAAGAAGAGGAAAUAGAAGCUGAUGAAGAUGCUGAAGACAAGGAAACAGAGAAAAAGGAGCCCACAGAUGUAAAAGAUGAAUUGUAAAGUGCACUCUCACAAAUAAUAUUCUGUGUCUAGGAUGAAGCAGGAAUGUGAACUAAAUUUGUUUUUGGUUUUUUUUCACUGUAAAAUGUUCGGGGGGAGGCUUAGGGUUCUGGGCAGAAGAAGAUUUUUUUAAGUUGCAUUUUUUAAACAUUCCUCACAAUGUAAAUUUGUACUAUUUAACUGACUACUUGGUGUAAAAUCUUGUCAUGUGUACAAAAUUAAAAUGUUCACACCA